AUGGAGCAAACCGCGAGAGAAGAAUUAGAACACGAAAUCGAAGAAGGUCAUGAACAAGUAGGCGUUGGGGAAGGUGCCGAUGGGGAAGAAGAGCUAUAUGAGGAUGAAGAAGGCGAAGCUGAUGUUGGGGUCGGUAGUGUGGCGGAUGCACCACAGUCUGAGCCAGACUACGAUCCAGAGACCAAACGCCUGGUUGACUUGGCAAAUGAAGCGCGGCAUGCUUACACCGAAGCAGAACAAAGCAUUCGUCAGAUUGAAAAUGAGAUUAAAGAAAUUGCAGAUCAAGAAGCUAAAGAUUACGGACCCAAUGAAGAGUACGCAGCACUAGAUGGUGAAUGUUUCACAUAUGAAGAUCGGGAGUAUGUUUAUUCACUUUGUCCUUUCGAACGAGCUUCACAAAAACAACAAAGGGGUGGUUUGGAAACAACGUUGGGACGAUAUGAAAAGUGGUUCGGUGAAGGUGAUAAAAAGUACCAAAAACAGAAGUAUGCUCAUGGAGCUGCUUGCUGGAACGGUCCACAACGUUCUGCUAUGGUAGAGUUUAAAUGUGGACUUUAUCAAAAAAUUACCUCCGUGGCAGAGCCAAGCCGUUGUGAAUACAAUUUUGUUUUCGAAACGCCAGCUGCUUGCGACGGUGUCUUUUCCGCUGACACGCGCCCGCAUGAUGAGCUUUAAAAAACGCUCAUUAAAAGAAUAAGAUAGCGCUCUUACACGUACAUACAUUUUACUGAGAUGUAGAGAGGUAUUCUCCGGAAAUGUUAUUUUUAAUGUAUAAAAAGUAAGAUUAAACUCGAUGUAUUUAAUAAAUGUAAUAUGAGAUGAAACUUUAGGAGCAUUGUCAGCAUUAUAGCAUUCCUUUGAUUGUGAAUCAAGCAAACAGGAAAUUUAUUUGUACACAUUUUACAACAACGUUCGUAUACUUAAUUAGUAAAUAUUUUUCACUUGCAUUUAAAUGAGAAAACGAAGGGCAUGUAAAGUGUUUCCUGUAAUCAUUUUCGGAAUGAAAUAAAUUCAACCAUUUAAAGUGGGUUUGGAAAGAUUUAA